AUGAGGACUCUGGAAAACACUGCUCCGGUUAACGGCAACUAUCCAUCCUCCAUCGUUCGAGCUACCAUUGUCCAGGCCUCCACCGUCUAUAACGAUACUCCCAAAACUAUAGACAAGGCGAAGAUGUUCAUUGAGGAGGCGGCGAGCAAGGGAUCGGAGCUUGUGGUAUUCCCCGAGGCGUUUAUCGGUGGGUAUCCUCGUGGGUUUAGGUUUGGUAUAGCUGUUGGUGUUCAUAACGACGAAGGUCGGGAUGAGUUUCGCAAAUACCAUGCUUCAGCCAUUCAUGUCCCUGGCCCUGAAGUAGAGCAACUUGCGGAUAUGGCGAGGAAAAACAAUGUGUACUUGGUAAUGGGGGCUAUAGAGAAGGAUGGGUAUACACUCUACUGCACAGCCCUUUUCUUCAGUUCCGAAGAACGUUGCAUCUGGGGUUAUGGGGAUGGAUCCACCAUCCCUGUUUACGACACUCCCCUUGGCAAACUUGGUGCUGCCAUUUGCUGGGAAAAUAGGAUGCCUCUCUACAGAACUGCGCUGUACGCAAAAGGAGUUGAGAUUUAUUGUGCACCUACUGCUGAUGGUACAAAAGAAUGGCAAUCCUCAAUGAUGCACAUUGCGCUUGAGGGUGGAUGUUUUGUGUUGUCGGCCUGUCAGUUUUGCCAGCGAAAAGAUUUCCCUGAUCAUCCUGAUUACUUGUUUACUGACUCCGAAGACAACAAAGAACAUGAUGCCAUUGUCUCCCCAGGCGGCAGUGUCAUUAUUUCGCCACUGGGAAAGGUUCUCGCUGGACCAAACUUUGAAUCAGAGGGUCUCAUCACAGCUGAUCUUGAUUUUGGUGAUAUCGCAAGAGCCAAGUUAUACUUUGAUGUGGUUGGACAUUACUCGAAGCCAGAUGUUUUUAACUUGACUGUAAAUGAGCACCCGAAGAAACCAGUUACAUUCGUGUCGAAGGCAGUCAAAGUUGAGGAUGACUCAGAGUCUCAAAACAAGUAAUCGAGAUUUCAAGGUCGUCAAUCUAGCUUCUCCACAACUACUGGAGUUCAUGUCAGUUAUAUGCUAUUGUCAGUUUUAAUUAUUCUGUUGGGACACUCUGUUAAGUUAAUAAGAGUAUUGUUUUAACUUUUAUUGUUUUAACUUUUAUGUUAAAUAAUGCACGACAACCAAUUGGAGAUAGUAGAUCUAAUGUUGUUGGAUAAAACCAAGAGAAAAUAACAUAGAGGGUCACUUUUCAUCUUUGUAAUAGCAGAAUAGAUCACAUAUUACUACUGAGGCACUUUUGUUCACUUUCCUUUGUUACCAAAAAAAAAAAUUAUAUGUGAAAUUCUAAUUCUAUCCUUCUUGCUUUAAACAAUUAAUUUUUUUUCUAAGUUUUUUUCUUCCACAAUAUUUUCUCCUCUGCCGCCAACCAUUUAUCCCACAUCUACUCCUUCUUCUUCUACUCCUCUUACUCCAUAACCAUCUCCUUCUGCACCUUCUACUUCUCCUAAAUCUCCUACUCAAAAUAUUUCACCUUGAAUCUCAGAACCACCGUCGAAUCCUUUAAGCAACAACAAAAACGGAUCUACUCAAAAUAUUAUGUCUUGUGAUAUUUCCACCACCGUCAAAUCCCUUAAACUCCAUCUUCCCCUUCAUGCUUCUGAUUGGUUAUUAACAAGAGCGAUGUCUGAAAUUUCCAUCAAAGAAGUUACUUUGCUUGUGAUAUUAAC